GUACGAUAACAGCCACUCCAAGAAAUUCCAAAGCAAGCGUUGGGAGACGCAAAACUCUUUCAUCUUCUUCGUCACUCCCACGUCCUAACUCAUACACUGUUACAUAUAAUCAGAUUCUUAAUGGAGGAGGAGCGUCCCCUUCACGCGCUUCUCCUCUGAGCCCUAACCUCUAAAUCAAAUCUCUCUUGUAGCUAUGGAAUUGGAGGUGAAGUUGGUAGCCGGCAUAGAAAACUGCUUCGUCUCCCUCCCCCUUCUCCUAAUCCAAACCCUCCAAUCCUCUUCACAGUCUCACUCUGGCCUCCUCGGCGAAGUUCUCGCUCUCGAGCUCCGCUCUCGCACCAGCGACGAUCGCUGGGUCGUCGCAUGGUCCGGUGCCACUUCUUUUUCUUCGGGAAUUGAGAUUGCUCAGCAAUUUGCAGAGUGCAUUUCUUUGGGGGAUCGUACGAAGGUUCAAGUCCGAGCUCUUUCGAAUGUGCCCAGGGCAACUCUAGUGACGAUUGAGCCCAAUAAUGAGGAUGAUUGGGAAGUUUUGGAGCUUAACUCGGAGGUUGCAGAAGCCGCCAUAUUGAAGCAGGUCAGGAUUGUCCAAGAAGCAAUGAGAUUUCCUUUGUGGUUGCAUGGCAGCACUAGCAUUACAUUCCUUGUUACUUCAACUUUCCCCAAGAAAGCGGUGGUGCAACUUGUGCCAGGAACUGAAGUUGCUGUUGCUCCAAAGAGACGCAAGAAAAAUGUUAAUUUAAAUGAAGAUAUGGACAUGCUAUCUUCCAGUAAUGAAAAUGUUGCAAAGGCAUUAGUCCGCAUUCAAGAUGCUGACAAGAGAUUUAUUUGCAAAAAUAUUGUCAAAGGUGUUGAGCUUGGUGUAAGCCUCACUUCUGUUGCUAUCAUUCACCCAGAAACAGCAAAAAAAUUCUCACUAGAUUCUCUUCAGUUAGUAUUUGUAGUACCACGUUUACCAUUGAAGGAGAGGAUAACAAGUUCUGGAAAUGAUGCAUUGAGAGUUAAAAGCAGUUCAACUUCGAAGGGAGCUAAGAAUGGAACUUUCACUGACAGAAAAGAGCAGCAUCAAGCAAUUGUUCGUUUGUUGAUUUCAGAUUCGGUGGCUGAAGGGCAUGUGAUGAUUGCUCAAUGUCUCCGUGUCUACUUGAGAGUCAGCUUGCAUUCAUGGGUUUAUUUAAAAGGAUGCAAUGUUUUGAAGAAAGAUAUUCCCUCUCUUUCACUUUCUCCUUGCCACUUUAAGAUGCCAGGUAAAGAGAAGGCUUCUGAGAAAAAUGGUUUGGAAGUACUCCAUAGCCAUAAAAAUCAUAAAAAGAAAGAUAUGCUUAUCAAACCUGGCUCAGGAACCUAUAUGGAGAUUGCGGAUUGGUCAACUUAUGAUGAAGUUAUCGCUGCUCUUUCUUAUGAAUCCCAUUCUAAUCAGGAUGAGAAGGUUGCUCGCCAGUCUGAUAACAGAAAUGGAUUACAAAGCCUUCUUAAGGCAUGGUUCCUUGCCCAAUUGGAUGCUAUUUCUUCACAUACGGGAGAAGAAGUUAAUUCAUUGGUUUUAGGACAUGAAACCUUGCUUCACUUUGAAGUGACAAAUUACAAGUUUGGGGCUCAAGUGAAGGUACAAGCAUCAUGUAAUGGUACUCUGGAAAGCAGAAAUGAGACUAGAGAAUUGCCAGUACAAAUUUUAUAUUCAUUGACUACUGCUGAGGAAUCUCAUCAUGGUGGAUAUGCAUAUGAGCUUGUAUUGGAUGAAAAAAAUAGGAGGAGCAAUAGUCAGGGAGGCCUAGCUGUUUUUGAAAAUGUGGAAGUUGGGGACCCUGUAGCCUUUAAUUCUGUCAGUGAGAGGAUAUUCAAUGAAGAUAGUAGUUGUGAUAUAUCUUCCUUGAGCUGGAUGGGAACAUCUACUUCAGAUGUGAUAAAUAGGUUAACAGUGUUGUUAUCUCCUGCUUCUGGGAUGUGGUUGAGUUCCUAUCGUCUUCCUCUCCCUGGACAUGUUCUGAUAUAUGGGCCUCCUGGCUCUGGAAAGACAUUAUUAGCAAGAGGCACUGCAAAAUCUCUCCAGGAACAUAAAGACCUUUUAGCACACAUAGUUUUUGUAUCUUGCUCUCGCCUUGCUUCAGAAAAGGCCUUGACCAUUCGCCACGCACUUUCUGGCUACAUUUCUGAGGCUUUGGAUCAUGCACCAUCUCUUGUCAUCCUUGACGAUCUUGAUAGCAUUAUUUCAUCCUCUUCUGACACAGAAGGAUCUCAACCCUCAGGAUCUGUUAUUUCGUUAACGGAAUUUUUAAUAGACAUUAUGGAUGAAUAUGGGGAAAAAAGGAAGAUCUCUUGUGGAAUUGGUCCCCUUGCCUUUGCAGCUUGUGUACAGUCUUUAGAGAGUAUACCACAGUCAUUAAGCUCUUCAGGGAGGUUUGACUUUCACAUCCAACUGCCUGCUCCUGCUGCCAAGGAACGCGUGGCCAUACUGAAACAUGAAAUUCAGAGGCGUUGUUUACAAUGUUCUGAUAGCAUCUUAGUAGAUGUAGCUUCCAAAUGCGAUGGCUAUGAUGCAUAUGAUCUGGAAAUAUUGGUUGAUAGAACCAUUCAUGCUGCUGUUGGUCGAUUUAUGCCUUAUCUUUCAGCUGACGAGGAUGAAAAGGCCACUUUAAAUAGGGAUGAUUUUUCUAGGGCAAUGCAUGAUUUUCUUCCUGUUGCCAUGCGUGACAUCACUAAAUCUGCUUCUGAAGGGGGUCGGUCUGGGUGGGAUGACGUUGGUGGUCUUACUGACAUUCAAAAGUCUAUCAGAGAGAUGAUUGAAUUUCCUUCUAAGUUCCCAAAUAUCUUUGCACAAGCUCCUUUAAGGUUGAGGUCAAAUGUUUUACUAUAUGGGCCUCCUGGUUGUGGCAAGACACAUAUCGUUGGUGCUGCUGCUGCUGCCUGUUCACUACGAUUUAUAUCUAUUAAAGGGCCGGAGCUAUUGAAUAAAUACAUUGGUGCUUCUGAGCAAGCUGUUCGGGAUAUAUUCUCCAAAGCAGCAGCUGCAGCACCAUGCCUUCUCUUUUUCGAUGAAUUUGAUUCCAUUGCCCCGAAGAGAGGACAUGACAAUACAGGAGUAACUGAUCGUGUUGUUAAUCAAUUUCUUACUGAAUUAGAUGGUGUCGAAGUUUUGACUGGUGUAUUUGUUUUUGCUGCAACAAGUAGACCAGAUCUACUUGAUGCUGCACUUUUAAGACCUGGCAGGCUGGAUCGCCUUUUAUACUGUGGUUUUCCAUCUGAACGUGAAAGGCUGGAUAUUCUUACAGUUCUUUCUAGAAAGUUACCACUAGCCGAUGAUGUCGAUUUAGCUGCCGUAGCUAGUAUAACAGAAGGAUUUAGCGGAGCUGACCUUCAAGCUUUGCUGUCAGAUGCUCAGCUUGCAGCAGUGCAUGAGCUUCUGGGUGGUUCAAACAAGAAUGAGCCAGGUAAAAACCCAGUCAUAACUAAUGGUCUCUUGAAGUCCACCGCUUCCAAGGCAAGACCUUCUGUUUCGAAAGCUGAGAAGGAAAGACUGGAUGGUAUUUACAGGCAGUUUCUGGAUUCAAAGAGACCUGUUGCUGAACAGUCAAGAGAUGCAAAAGGCAAGAGAGCAACGCUAGCAUAACGAGCAAUUUAGGUGGAACCAUGCGUCUCGAGUACUAUUUAUACUCUCCAAAUUUCUUUUUAUUUAUUUUUUUUGACAUCUAUUGCUAUUUCUUAUUUUAUUUUAUUUUUCAGUUCUAGAUUCAUUUGGUGUUUUCUAUUUGUCUUUUGAAAUUUUGAGUAAGUAAUAACACCCUUGCGAAUUGUGAAAUAAUCA